GUGUUUGUGUGUAUUGACUGUGAUAUACUAAUGUGUGUAAACAGGUUUAGUAGGUUAUGUCCAAUGUGUGUAAAACAUUGCAUUACUUUAUAAUAUAAAUACACAAAUUGGUUACUUGUAUAGUUAAAUAGUCCGGAUAUAAAAACAUAAGAAAUGUUAAGCUAUAGUUCUGUGGUUUAGUGUUGGGACUCGUAAGUGCUACCGAUUGUGAUAGUGGUACUGGGUGUUACUGAUACUAAUACUGUGAUAGCGACGAGGCAAUUUUGACGUAACCUGUAUUAUGGAAAUUUUGGCGUGCCACGCGACUAGCCUAUUUUUACUGAGCCUCUGAAAUUUUUGCUUGAAUAUGUUUGCGUGGUGGUUUAACAGACGUCGUCGUUUAACUCUUUUUAAAUUUCUGUUGAUUGCCUCUGCCACACUGGGUGUUGUAUUUUGGUAUAGUCAAGUGUAUAAACAAGGGUCUCUGAAACCAAAAUCAGAAGCAAAUACUUUCUCAAUCUCUGAGAACACUAAUGAAAAUAAAAAGAAUUCAGGAAAAGUGGAAAAAAUAAAUCCUUUCCAGCCAGGAAGCUUGCAAAAACCUUCUUUAGAAAGGCAUGAUGAUUAUCACCAAAUUCAAGGACCUGCCUUAGAAUUAGACAGAAAGAGAAGUGACAAAAAAAAGAUGGAUGAUUACAAAGAAGUGUUACCUCCACCCUUACCAGCAGAUAUUAUGAGAAGAGAUAGUAAGUAUAGUGACCACAAUGGAGAGAUACGUGGAGGUUUAGAUGUCAAAACAUUAGAUAAACAUAUAAAAGGAAGAAACAUUUACAAGAAGGGAUUUGAUGUAGGUAAUAAUAAGUCUGAAGGAAAGCUCCAAAAUGUGGCCCUUGAUUAUGGAAUUAUAAAAAUAACCCCUGCACUAGGAGAAGGGGAAAAACCUGUAAUUCUUAACCAGAAGGAGCAAGCAUUAGCUGAUGAACUCUUUAGGUCAGCAGGUUUUAAUGUUUACAUCAGUGACAGAAUUUCUCUUAAUCGAAGUGUACCUGAUGCUAGACAUCCACUGUGUAAAAACAUUCAUUAUGAUAAAGACCUUCCAACAGCCAGCAUUGUUAUCAUCUUCAUUGAUGAAGCGUGGUCGGCACUUCUUCGAACGAUACACAGUGUUUUGAAUAGGACCCCUUCUCAUCUUCUUCAUGAAAUAAUUUUGGUGGAUGAUGCAAGUACUCGUGAACAUUUGAAAGAAAAAUUGGAAAAUUACAUAAAAAAGAAUUUGUCAGCCAACAGAAUAAAACUUUUACGCAUGAGUGAACGUAGAGGUGUGAUCAGAGCACGACUUGCUGGGGCAAAAAUUGCUACUGGGGAUGUCCUGGUAUUUCUGGAUUCUCAUUGUGAAGCAAAUAUUAUGUGGCUAGAACCAUUACUGCAAAGGAUAAAGGAAGACAGAAAAGUGGUACUCUGUCCAAUAAUGGAUGUUAUUGAUGACAAAACAUUGCAUUAUCUUGGAAAUAAUAAAGAAGACUUCCAUAUUGGUGGCUUUACAUGGAAUGGACAUUUUACUUCAAUAGAAAUCCCUGAGUGGGAAGAACAACGCAGAAAGAGUGUUGUAGCUCCAGCAAAGACUCCAACAAUGGCAGAUGGUCUUUUUGCCGUUGAUCGUAAUUAUUUUUGGGAGAUUGGAAGCUAUGAUGAAGAAAUGAAUAUAGGUGGUGGUGAAAAUUUAGAGAUGUCUUUUAGGGUUUGGAUGUGUGGUGGGUCUCUGGAAAUCAUCCCUUGUUCUCACGUGGGUCACAUUUCUCGUAGGUUCGACCCCUACUCUUUCCCUGGAAAGAACGAUGCUUAUACAAUCAACAUUAUGAGGACAGUUGAAGUGUGGAUGGAUGAUUAUAAGAGAUACUUUUAUAUGCAUAGACCAAAUCUAAGGUAUGUCAACUAUGGGGAUAUUAGUAAAAGACUUGAGCUUCAACACAAGCUACAGUGCAAGGAUUUUGGAUGGUAUCUGGAGAAUGUGUAUCCUCAAAAGUUUAUUGUGGAUCAAAAUGUUUUUGCUUUUGGAACGGUUCGUAACCCUAUUAGUAACCUCUGUUUGGAUACUAAGAACCAAAAGGAAGGCAAAGCUGAGGCCUUAGGACUUUACUACUGCAAGAGUCAGAAGGGUGUUACAAUGAACCAAGUGUUUGCUCUUUCUUCUAACGAUGAACUUAGACAGGAAGAAAAUUGUGCAGAAGUGUCUCACGACACUUCCCAUCAGAAAAUUAUCAUGAUGGUGAAGUGUCAUGGUAGAAGACAAGGCCAGGAAUGGCAUCAUACAAAAGGUGGAUCAAUCAUCCAUGGAGCAACAGGUAAAUGUCUAAGCAUUAUGGGAAGCAAAGUAACCACGUACGUGUACUUAGCAGAAUGUGGGGGCACUCAUUCUCAGAUCUGGUGGUUUGAUAACUACAUGGACAUCAAUCCACAACUAUAACAGGAGAGUCAUAACUGAAAAGAAGAUUGAAAUUAUUGAAAUAUACAUGUUUGCUUUGGUCGUGGACAUUUUGGCGAUAUUUCAAAUAUAUAUAUUUUGAUGAUGUAUUUAUCGUGAAAUUUUGGUAGUUUCUAGGACUUGAUGGUGCACGUCUUGAGGUUGUGAAAUUUGACACCAAUCAUGCACUAGUAAUACUACUAAACUGUUCUUUUUAUCAAAAAAUGAAAAGUGGAUUUUCUUUAAAUCCAAACUCUUUUUUAACCUCACUGUUAAAAACUCCUAAUUUUGAGAGAAAACAUCCUUCAAAUCUAAGCAGUUACAACUUGGCUUUCCAGUGUUUUUGCAUAAUUUGAACAAAUUUUCCUGCCUCAAAAUUACAUGGCUGACAGCUUAAGUUCUGGUUUAGGAUAAACAUUUCUGAAGUAAUAAAUAUCUCAAUCAACUUGAUAGUUAUGAGUUAAUGGACGAAGCUGUUUUUUAGUUUCAUUAAAUGACUUAAUACACAAAGAUUUAAACUUCCUGAAAAAAUGUAGCUGUAUAGUAACAAACUAAUUACAACUGUGAUCUUAAUUAUUUUUAUACUAUUAAGAAACUUUUGAGGAAACACUAAAUAUUCUUAUAUGAUGAAAGAGAACAAUGUUUGGUGUAUGGUUCAAAACAGCAUUGGUUUGAUUUUUUCAUCUUGAAGGAGUUGAAUGUGCUUUAAACUGCAGCUUUUGUAAUCUGAGUCACUUGUAUAAAUUUAACAAAAAAAACCCAAGUAUUAAUUUAUCCCACAGAUUAAUUAAUGGUCAUCUACCUUAUAAGUAGAAAUCAUGUUUGUAGAUGUCUAUUAAAUAUCUGUUGUUAUGUCCAAAUUAGUGUUCCAUUAACAUUAUAAUUACUUUAUUAUAUAAUCUACUGAUUGUAAAAGGUGUGUACAUAUCUUUGAAAUAGAAAUAAUCACUGUAGAAAACUAUAAUUUUUGAUGCCUCGGACUUAUGCUUCGAAUGAAAUGAUACAAACACAUAUAUUUUAUUAUUGCACUGAUCUAAUACUUGUUAAUAAGAGUUAGAUAUUAAGAUAUUAGUCUCAUAUUUGAAAAUAUGUAACUCCUUUUCUAUUUUUGAUACACAAGUUGUUGGUCUUAACUGUCCCAUUCAUCUUAGCUGAUUCUAACAUAUUUCUUAAGUAGCAUCUUGAGCCUUUAGUUUCUGGCUGGGAUGGAUGAAACUGUGUUUUUUGUUGUUUAUUUAACCCUUCUUAUUUAUGUUAAAUAUUAUUAUAGUUAAUGAUUUACUGAUCACGUUAGCACUGUUUCUUUUUAAUUUAACAAAUUAGUACACCUGUGAACAGAUGUUCCAAAUUCAUACUUAACUGCUUUUAUCCAAAUAUCUUUUCACUUUUUGUUGUUAUAGUUACUAGGAUAUAAAAUAACCUAAGUCUGAUUGCCAGUUAGGUACUAAUAUUUCUUUUUUUGAAAAUUAAUCUUAAAAGAUACUAGUUCCUAGUUAGUUUACAUUCUUUGUUUUGCCCCUAAUCUCUAACAAGGAAGUCUUGAAAAGGACUUUUUUAUGGUCACAGGACCUUGGAUAGGAUUUACUUCUAUCUUCCUGUUAGAAAGACAGGCAUGUUAUACUCUUGUCUUAGCUCUCAACCAGUUAAGAUUUAAAUCUUCUAACUAUUUGGAUGGCUUCAAGAGAGAUAGUCUAGUUUUGAUCAGUUUUCUAUCUUUGGUUGACUGAUUGUAUUAUUGGUUAAUUUCACAUUAAAGAAAUUUUUUCAACUUUUCUUGGCCUGGCAUGGCCAGGUGGUUAGGGUGCUUGACUCGCAAUCUGUGGGUUUGAAUCCCCGUCCCACCAAACAUACUCGCCC